CUACAAAUUGUACCCCAUUUGUACACCGCAGUUAUACACAAACAUUUUGAUGGUUUACACCGAUAUAAGUGUUGGUGCAUUAACAAAAAUUUACACAGAUACAAAGUGCUGGUGCACUAAUAAAAAUUAAUUUUACACCUGUUGGUGCAACCUGAGUGUUUACCCUAAAUUUAAAUAGCCGAGCGGCACUCAACGACCGUCAUUCUCACAUUUUCUCGCGCUCCUUCAAUUCGAACAAAUGCAUCGGCAAUCCCUCGGCUCGCCCGGAUCGAAGCUCCACCACGCUCAAGGAGGCCGCGACGACGCCUCAUCCGCCGGCGUCACAGCGGCGGAUUCCUUCGUCGCUAUCCAAGUCAACUACGCCGGAGAAGACGAGGAACGCAAGUCCGCCAAGCAUCUCUCCAAAUCCGAGUACUUCGUCCAUCUCAUCCCCGUCCUGACUCUAAUUUGCUUCCUCAUCCUCUACCUCUCGUCUCGCACUCCUUAUGAGAACGAAAUGGCUCAGUUCAGAGGGUUCAAGGCAUUUCCUAAACCUGAAGAUGCGGCGGAGACUGGAAAUGCUGUUGACGAUUUCCAGAAAAAUGUGGAUAUCGGUAGAGGGGAUAUUUUGGCCAUUGGACGGCCGAGGAACCUGCGAGGGAAAGGCAGAGACGCAGACGGAGGAAAAUGACGGAUUUUUAGACUGCAAUGUAUACUUGUGAGUGUUGCUGGUUUUUGCCAUUUUUUCUGUUUCAGUCAUGAGUCAUGACUGUGUUCAUUUUUUGUUUCCUUCUGUGUGACUGUCCAUUUCAUCACGCCUAUUGUCAAGUUGCCAUUUAAUUGGAGUACCAAUUGAGGAUUAGAUAGUUCACAAAAAGUUUGGGGAACCCUACAUUUGAGAGCAUAGUGUCUUGCAUACACAUAUAGUAUAAUACCGAGUACUACGUAAUUGUCGUAUUU